AUGGGUUAUCAGUAUGUAAAGGAAUCAACAGCUAGACAGCCGAGUAAAGGCCCGACUCUCGCUGCCCUCACCUUUGCCUAUGAGGCCUAUUUCGACAUUUUCAAAGAAGGUGGCGGUCGAUACUGGGUUGAGAUAAACCGCAUUCAUGAUGCUCUGGGACCCAUCGUGCGUAUUAAUCCAUGGGAAGUACACAUCAGGGACCCGGAAUGGAGCGAAGCAUACAAGAUGAAGGCGAAAGCGUCCAAGCCGGCUUGGUUCUACCGGUCUCAAGGCCCACCAGGCACUGUCUUACAGGCUGGUCCCCACGAGCUCCAUCGCAUGCGUCGCGAAGCGUUGCUGCCUGUUUUCGCGACUCCUAUCGUCAUGUCUCGUGAAAAGGUAUACGAGGAGUUGGUGCACAAGUUGAUUAGUAGAUUCAGAGGCUUCAAGGGUACCGACGCUGUUGUGACUUUAGGAGAUGCAUUUCGCUGCCUAGCCAUCGAUGUGACGUGUACCACAAGUCUAGGCCGUGACUUUGGCUUCGUGGACGUCGGUGACUUCGAGAAUGAAAUGUUCAUGGUCGGACGGCCCUUCGGGCGUAUGAACAUGAUCACACGCCAAGUAGGUCAUUGGCUUUUCGAGGUAUUGCGGGCACCCGCACGCUGGGCCAAAGGUGUGGAGUCUGCAAGUCCUGGCACCAUACGCAUUCUGCAUUUUAGGAACAUGAUUAUGCAGGCCAUCACAGACGACUACUUCGCAGCAACUGCAACCGCGGGCGAAAAGAAGGCCGGCAUACGUGACGACAAGAUGACGGGGGAAGAAUCGCCAGCUGCAUUUACAAAUGCAGUUCAGCAUGUUCUGAACUCGAACCUGCCUCCAGAUGAGAAGACGAUGAGGCGUGUGAUAGAUGAGGUCUGGCUCAUCAUCAACGCGGGCAUCGAGACAGAAGGUGUUUUCAUGACCUUCGCGACAUUCAUGUUGCUGAAAUACCCGGAAAAGCUCGCUCGGCUCAGGGGAGAACUGGCAGAGUGUGAGAAGAGGCUCGGAAGGCUUCCCAGCUUUCAGGAGCUGCGCGAACUCCCGUAUCUGACUGGCGUUAUUCUGGAGGCGUUUCGACUGAAUCACCCCGUAUCGAGUCGUCUGCCCAGAUACGACCCUAACAACGACAUGAGGUACGGAGACACUGUCAUCCCAAGGGGCGUUCACGUCUCUAUUUCCUUGUAUGACAUCUACCUCAACCCGGACAUAUUUCCCAAUCCUCAAGCAUUCGAGCCGGAGCGUUGGCUUGACCAGGAUGACCGGAGGCGGUUGCGCAAGUACGUCAACAACUUCGGGCGCGGGCCACGCUCUUGCAUCGGGGUGGACGUGGCAAACAUGGAGAUUUACCUGACCCUGGGACGCCUGUUUGCUCCGUCGGCUGGCUUCGAUAUGGAGCUGCAUGAUACACUGUAUGAGCGCGACGUCGCCUUCUACUACGACUUUCGGGGCGUUCCCUAA